GGCCUAACCAAAUUUCGUAAUUUGUUUAAAGAAUUAUUUUAGCAUGCAAAUUCAUGUUAAUCGAUGUUUCCUUCCUCUGGGUCUGAGAGACUGGCUGGUCUGAAGAGAGGAGGGGCAUAGAGAGCGUACUCUUAUAAACCUUCAACUGCAUAUCUUCCUCAAUCCAUAAACACCGUGAUGCUAGUCUACUGGUGUAAACAGGGGUAUGCUUCAUUAGGCUUCUCGAUAUUGGCCGGAAAUUAAACGUGUUGAUGAAACGUUUUGGACGUUUGGUUCCAUACUGAAUUCGAAAGCAAAAUUGGGAUUCAGCAGCAAAGAAAAGGUUGGAGAAGUUUACGUCUAAGGCGAAUAGAAGAAGAGGACGCAUCGGAUUCUGCAACAGCAAAGGACUGUUAUUUAUUUCAGUGUCCAUUUCAGGAUGUUAUUAACUUCCUUCAUCAGAGUGUCUUCUUCUCUCCCCGUGUUCUAGAAUAAGGAAGGACGUAUUGUUAAUGUGAAUGCCUGUCUCUACGGUAGAGAGAGACUAAACCCAAGGAGGAAGAAACAGUGAAGCUUUUAUUGCGCUCCGCCUUUCCCGCGUGCUGAACUGAACCAUGCAGCAUCCCUUGGACUUGGGGGCUCACUAUUAUCCUCCGGAGGUUCACCCCGACCACCGCUCCCACUCACACCGCUACCGAAGCUUUAUGAUCGAAGAGAUUCUCACCGACCACCCGGACCAUAAGGUGUCUACCCCGGCAGGGGAGCUGCUCAAGUUCGGAGUACAAGCUCUGCUCUCGGCGCGGCCAUACCACAAUCACCUGGUUUUGAAGGCAGACCAAUCGGGUAUCCUGAAGUUCCCGAUGUCGCCACUCUCCUGCUCACUGGGAUCACCGUUAGGCUCCGCUCUCCUAUCCGGGGCUCCGGGGCUCCACGGCGGCUCAGCUUCCCACCACCUCCCGUUGGACCUCCACCUCCGGAGCAAGCUGGAGCAUGGCGGAGACGGCAACAGCAAGACCAAGAAAGGCCGCCGGAGCAGGACGGUCUUCACUGAGCUACAGCUAAUGGGCUUGGAGAAAAGAUUUGAGAAACAGAAGUACCUUUCAACGCCAGACAGAAUAGAUCUGGCUGAGUCUCUGGAUCUGAGUCAACUACAAGUCAAGACCUGGUACCAGAACAGACGAAUGAAAUGGAAGAAAAUAGUCCUACAAGGAGGAGGAUUGGAAUCUCCAACCAAACCAAAAGGCCGUCCUAAGAAGAAUUCCAUCCCGUCGAGCGAGCAGCUUUCGGAGCAGGAGAGGUCUGGAGACGUCGACCGUCAGUCGGACGGUUCCACCUCGUCACAUUCAGACACUAACCAAGAGGAAUAAUAAUGUUGGUGCUCCGACUAACUGACAACUCUCUGAAGACGUUCACCAGACGUUCAUACAGCCUCUGGGAUGCGUAAUGGUGGUCGACGGUUGAAUCGAAGUGCCUUGCCCUUGACUUCGAUAUUUUUGGCACUUACAUAGAGAGACUGAUGUUGGCCUCCCGUAGGAGAGGCGGAACUCUAUUUUUAUUACUAGUAUCGUCCUCCAGACACUUCCUCCUUGGGACGAGGUUACUUUUUGUAUGCUAUUGUCACAUCUUCUUUCGUAAUCAAUGUGUUGUCAAUACCUAUGCUUCCAUCCGCGUCACGCCGAACUAACCGUUAUGGAGCGGUUGCGGAGGGAGGGAGGGAGGGACACACAUCG